AUGGCAAGGGAACUUCAGAAACCAAAAGUUAACUUGGUGACGAUUGUUAUCCUAUCCCGAGGAAAGAGCGGCCUCUCCAAGUGUGUCACUCGCUACCUCGUGGCCAUGGCAGCAGCAGAUCUACUAGUCGUUGUCUUCGACGUGAUUUUGAGGAAGAUUCCAAUUGCUUAUCGGGAUUAUUUCACUUUCGUGCGAUCUAUCCCGGUCUGCGAUAUUCACGCCGUUCUGCUUUUCACAGCCACAGACUGCUCGGUUUGGUUCACCGUCGCGUUCACCUUUGAUCGAUUUGUGGCCAUUUGUUGUCAGAAACUGAAAAAUAAAUAUUGUCAGGGGAGAACAGCGGCUAUGGUUCUAGGAACAGUGACUGGGCUGAGCUUUUUAAAGAACAUCACCUGGCUUUUUAUGCUCACAUCUGAAUAUUCUCUUGCGUAUGCCGCCUGGUUUUGUAUGCCAAGAGUCCGUCUCGUGAAUUCACCGGUCUGGGCAGGAAUCGAACUCGCUCACUACCUCGUCACCCCUAUCAUCCCAUUUGUCCUGGUUGUGCUUCUCAAUGCUUUAACUAUCAGGUACGUUUUAAUGGCCAGCCGAUCCCGCAAGAGACUCCGGGCACCCAAUCAUGGGGAUAGUGCGAGAGACCCAGAGAUGGAGAACCGUCGCAAAUCCCUCACUUUACUGCUGGUUAUCUCGGGAAAUUUCAUCCUGUUAUGGGCUCCAUUCACGGUGUAUUACGUGUGGAACCGACUGCGAUUUUUGGGGGUGGUGGUUGCAAUUCCACCAUCAGCUAUGCGACAACUCUGCUUCAUGCUGCAGCUCUUGAGCUGCUGCACGAACACAGCUCUUUACGUCGUGACUCAGGCUAAAUUUAGGGAACAACUAAGGAAUGCGAUGAAAUUUCCACGGAUUCUAACUUUAAAAUGCAUUCAGUCCUGA